UUGCGAUCCUGCGUUCAUUUUAUUCAGUCGCGUUUGAUACCUUGCAAUCGGUAGGCCGUGUCGCUCCGCCCUUCAAGUAAACAAGUUAAAUCCGUGAGUGGAAUAACUCGUGAAGUUCUGUGUGUGACUUGAAGUGCAUACAAAAUGGGGUGUGGUUCGAGUUUUGUGAAAUAUGUGCUGUUCUUCUUCAACCUGGUGGUCGCGUUGUUCGGCCUCCUGGUGGUCGGUAUCGGCGUGGCCGUGUUGCUCAAAUGGACGGUGAUCACCUCGGAACUGCAGAAGCAAGGUCACCUGUCCGUGGCUCCCUGGCUGUUCAUCAUCAUCGGCUCCAUCAUGUUCGUCAUCGCGUUCUUUGGCUGCUGCGGAGCUAUCAGGGAAAGCCAUUGCAUGGUUGUCACGUACGCGAUUUUCCUGCUGGUGAUCAUCAUUGUGCAAGUCAUCCUGGCGGUACUGAUGUUCACAUACGCCGACACCAUUCAAGACGCGUUGGUGAAAUCGGUCAAUGGCAUCUUCGACCAGCGCCAGGCCCCUAGCGACGCCGAACGCAAGGCCGCUGAUGGACUCUUCAACAACAUCCAGCAACAGCUGGAAUGCUGCGGCAAGAACGGUCCGAGCGACUACGGCUUCAACAUUGUGAACCUUCCGCCGUCCUGCUGCACGCACGGCUCCAGCGUGGUGGACAACGUGCUCGGAGGCACGUGCAGCCUCGCCAGCGCCAACAAUGUGGGCUGCGCGCAGAAGACCGCUGACCUCUACCAGAAGUGGAACAAGACCAUCGCUGGCGUCGCUAUUGGCGUCGCUUGUAUUGAGGUGGUCGGAGCCCUGUUCGCGCUGUGCCUCGCCAAUUCCAUAAGAAACAUGGACAGAAGGUCUCGCUACUAAUAUUUUGUACAUUAAAACUGGUACGCCUAAACGAAGACAUCACGAAAAUAACAUUCGAAUGAGAAGCAGAGUAUAAUCGACGAAACACCACACUUUAUAUAUGUACAAGUUAAAUUAAGGUAGUUUGGUCUAGUAUAAGCCCCCACCUUUGAGUAAUA